CCUUCAGCCUCAGAAUAACUAAGGGAGUAACAAUCCGUGGGGCCCGGAGAUGUUCCCUGUGCCCAUUGUGGACGCACACGUAUUUGUAAUCGUACAGCAUCGUGCUGUUGAGAGCUGGGAAGGCCCUCACGAGAUGACCGCAUCCCGGGUCACUCACUAUUAUUCCCCCUCCCGAGGAAGCCGCGCUCGUGGCCGCGCUUUCACUCGGACUCACGGGAGCCCGCCCGGCUGGGUGAGGAGGCAGACUUGAGCUGCUGCCGAAGGGAGAGAGGCGCUGCAUCUCAGGGAGGUGGCAAGGACCAAUAGCAGACGGGGCCGGCUGGUGUAUCCGGGCAGAUUGGGGCGGAACCAACCAAUCAAAAAAAAAAAAAAAAAGGCCAAGCUACGAGUGGAGCCGGGACCGUGAAGCCGACCUAGAGUCGCGGUGGCUCGGAGGACCCUGGGAUGGCUCAAGUUUGGAGGACUUUGCCAAGUUUCCCUGCACUUGUGAGGGGAAGCAGGUAGUGCCGGUGGGGCCCCGGCUCCCGAUUGUUUUGUUCCUCCUUGAAGUGACUGCAGGGGCGCCAAGAGUAGGGAAGGUGUCCCGGAUUUCAAUCGGCCCCAAGUUCUGAUGCCAAGAUGGCAGAAGAUGAACCUGAUGCUAAAAGCCCCAAGACCGGUGGCGCAGCCCCUGGGAGUGGAGAUGCCGGAGAGCCCACCACUCUCCUGCAGAAGCUCCGAGGGUCCAUCUCCAAGGCCGUGCAGAGCAAAGUAGAGGGGAUCCUGCAAGAUGUGCAGAGAUUCUCGGACAACGACAAGCUGUAUCUUUACCUUCAGCUCCCCUCGGGCCCCAGUGGUGGAGAUAAAAGCAGCCUGGAACCAAGUGCACUCAGCCACGAUGAGUACAUGUAUGCCUACAGAUGGAUUCGAAACCACCUGGAGGAGCACACGGCCACAUGUUUGCCAAAGCAGGAUGUUUACGAUGCUUAUAGAAGGUACUGUGAGAGCUUAGCCUGCUGCCGCCCACUCAGCACUGCCAACUUUGGCAAAAUCAUUCGGGAAAUCUUCCCUGACAUCAAGGCUCGGAGGCUGGGAGGCCGGGGCCAAUCCAAAUACUGCUACAGUGGUAUCCGAAGAAAGACCCUGGUAUCUAUGCCACCCUUGCCUGGACUUGACCUCAAGGGCUCAGAGAGUCCAGAGGUGGGCCCAGAAGUAGGCCCAGGUCCCCGGGACGAACUAGUGGAAGCGGCCUGUGCCCUGACCUGUGACUGGGCGGAGCGCAUCUUGAAGCGCUCCUUCAGCUCCAUCGUCGAGGUGGCCCGGUUCCUGCUGCAGCAGCAUCUCAUCUCUGCCCGAUCUGCUCAUGCACAUCUGCUCAUGGCCAUGGUGCUUGCUGAUGAACCUGAUCGGCCUCCACGGGAUCCCUCCUCUGCUACCAAGAAUGGUCUGGAGAACCCAGAUGGAAGAGCCUACAAAGGGCAGCCCCAGCCCCCCAAGGAGCUGGAGGCCCGAACUGGGUCUGCCCCCCCACUUCGGGGGGAGCGUAAGAAAGCUGCAGAAACCUCAGCCCCGGUGGCCAGCAGCCCCCAAGUGAAUGCUCUAGUUGCCCGACUACCUGUGCUCCUCCCCCGGGUGCCCCAGCCCCAACUUCCUCGGCCACUCCGAGUCUCCCCACCAGUCCUAGCCCCCAAACUUCCCUCAGGUACCUUAAAAGUCACUACAUUGCCUUUGCCCAGUGGGGCCGGGGUAUCCCGGGGAACUCUGCCCAUCAUCAACAUGAUCUUGCCCACUGUAUCUGCUGUGCCUAUACCUGGGAGAGCUCCACAGGAAAGUCCUACCCCGACCCAAGGCCUUGAGAAAAACAGGGAGGUGGGCCCCGGGCUGGGCAAGGGUAUGAAGAGGACAGCUGAAGUGCCUAUGAGUGACCCCAGAGGACAGGAGCUAACUGCCAAAGCAUUGAACCAGGAUCCAGAAGAAAUCGAUGCCAAGCGUAAAAGAGGGCGUCCUCGAAAGAAAUCAAACAGUGAGGGGGAGCAGAGCUCCUCCUCUGAGAAACCACUGCCCGCUGCAGACUCGGCCCAUUCCCCCAGGGUACCACAGGACUCUUGGGGCUUUGGAGGGGAGAGUGACCUGGCUAGAGGGUCAAUGGGAAAGGAGGAGGAGAGAAAAGUGCCUUCUCUUGGCCAGGAAGAUAGCACUGAUUUCAAGGGAGGAAGGGAACCUAGUGCCCAAUAUGCCAAAGAAAUAGGGGAUAGAAGUCUGGUCACUUCUAAAGUGAGUGUCAUCAGGGGCAACAGAAGCUGGGAGGAGGGCCUCCAGUCCAUGGGUAAAGAGGCAGCAGAACCCAUAGGGCAAGGUAAUGAAGAUCCAAAAGGAACAGGAUCUCAAGGCUCCUUAUUCUUUGGACAUAAAGAUCCCAAAGCCACACCCCCUUAGUAGGUACAUGGUGGGAGAGGGGGGAGAUUUUGAAUAUCCCACAUGCCCCUAAUAAGGGUCCCUUUUCUGAUCCUGCUUGGUCUUGGCCAUGCCCAAGGUCUCCCUGUCUCGGUCUCCUUUCCCUUACAGACUUUGAUGUUUCCCAGUCUCCUCUCCCUCCCUUUGCCUUUCCCAGCCUAGUACUAGUACCCUUGGAUUCAAUACUACCUAUCAAUAAACCUGCCAUGUCCCCUC